UGUUGUGCUGGGAAAGUGAAAAUGAAGAAGAUGGAGGCGUAGUGCGGCCGGGAGACCAUGUUCGGCGAAUUUUUCCCAAAUAAACCCCUCCGAGCUUUUGCCAGUGUCAUGUGCGUUGGUGUGGAGUGAAGUGUUUAAUCUGUGCUUUCCAUUCCGCUCUUCGGAGAGCGUGUGGAGUAGGAUAUAAGUGUGUGAAAAGAGAAAAUAAAAGAUCAGCCAAAAUGGGGAACUGUUUUAGUAGCAAUUCGGGAACGGGGAAAAAAGACUCGACCAUUUCUGACAGUCGGAGUAUUGCCUCGCCCAACAACAUUUUCACGGAACAGGUGCAGUCACCACCUAUGACUGGGCCAACAAUAAGUGACCCAAGUGGGGCAGUGCGAGGACCUGCAGACAGUCACCCCCUGGGAGGACGGCCCAUGAAUGGGCUCAAUCCCACCUUACCUUCGCUGCCAGACCCUGAGGGCACAGCUGCAACAUUAUCAAAAAUAUUUGUCGCACUCUAUGACUAUGAUGCAAGAACAGAUGAAGACUUAAGUUUUAAAAAGGGAGAGCAUUUAGAAAUCCUUAAUGACACACAAGGUGACUGGUGGUUCGCAAGAUCAAAAGCUACUAAGCAGGAGGGCUACAUCCCUUCAAACUAUGUAGCUAAGCUCAAGAGUAUAGAAGCUGAACCUUGGUACUUUGGUAAAAUCAAGAGAAUAGAAGCAGAGAAGAAAUUACUUUUACCGGAGAAUGAACACGGCGCCUUCUUAAUACGAGAUUCAGAAAGCAGAAGAAACGAUUACUCUUUAUCAGUCCGAGAUGGUGACACAGUCAAGCACUACCGCAUCCGACAACUAGACGAGGGUGGCUUUUUCAUCGCUCGCAGGACAACCUUCCGAACUCUCCAGGAGCUGGUUGAACACUACAGUAAAGAUGCAGAUGGUCUUUGUGUCAACCUUCGCAAACCAUGCAUUCAGGCUAUUGAGAAGCCAGUUACUGCAGGACUGUCUCACAACACCAGAGAUCAGUGGGAGAUCGACCGCUCAUCACUCAAGUUUGUUCGCAAGUUGGGACAUGGACAGUUUGGAGAGGUUUGGGAAGGCCUCUGGAACAACACAACCCCUGUGGCUAUCAAAACCCUGAAGCCUGGUACAAUGGAUCCUAAGGACUUUUUGUCAGAAGCCCAAAUAAUGAAGAAAUUGCGUCAUCAGAAGUUAAUCCAACUGUAUGCAGUAUGCACUCUAGAAGAACCAAUUUAUAUUAUUACAGAACUCAUGAAGAAUGGCUCUCUCCUUGAGUAUCUUCAGGGUAAAGGAAGAGGAUUGAAGCUAAACAACCUCAUUGAUAUGGCAGCACAGAUCGCUGCAGGUAUGGCCUACUUAGAGUCACAGAAUUAUAUCCACCGUGACUUGGCUGCCAGGAAUGUACUUGUAGGGGACAGCAACAUCGUCAAAAUUGCAGAUUUCGGUCUGGCUCGGCUAAUCAAGGAGGAUGAAUAUGAGGCAAGAGUGGGUGCACGCUUCCCCAUCAAGUGGACAGCCCCCGAAGCAGCAAACUACUCCAAGUUCUCCAUCAAGAGCGAUGUCUGGUCAUUUGGUAUCCUUCUCACAGAGCUAAUAACAUAUGGCCGCAUACCAUAUCCAGGUAUGACUAAUGCAGAGGUGCUACACCAAGUGGAGCAUGGGUACCGAAUGCCUCCACCACCUGGCUGUCCACCAGCUCUCUAUGACAUCAUGGUUGAAUGUUGGCACAAGGACCCCAUGAAGAGACCAACCUUUGAGACCCUCCAGUGGAAGUUGGAAGACUUCUUUACCCUGGAGGGAUCGGAGUACAAGGAAGCUGCUGUGGCUUACUGACCCUCAAUAAUGAAGCCCAGGUCGGCUGCCUCUAAUGACAUGGAACUUUAUCCUGCAUUCUCUUAAGUAUUCUGUAUUGAUGUAGGAGCUGGAAAGUUCUACACUGAUGACCUACACUGACGUCAGGUCAAGGACUAAGCUUCUGUGCUCGGAAGCUACUUAACCCUGAAUGACCGCUGAGUGUAGACUUAUAGAAAACCUUCACUGGAAAUCGGUAUUAUAUUUAAAUGGACUUGAUGUUCAGUAGGCUCAUGUGGGUUAGUUGAUUGUGAUUAUAGCAGUCAUAACAUCUUAUUCACUUUCUUGGUGGAAAUGCAAAAUAGCCAACCAACAUCUGUUUAAAAAAUGGUCAUGACAUUUAGUAACAAAGAAAGACAAAUUAAUGGAAGUAUAAACAUAGAAGAAGCUCUUGUUACUGAAUGUGACUUGAAAUUUACUCAGUGGUGAUAAUGCAUGAAUACAGUAUUCCGACUAGAUAUGCUCCAUUUGUGUGUUCUGAAGGAUUAAGAUAUAAAUUACAAAGAAGCUCAUAUGAAAGAUUUUAUCCCUUUUUUUUAAUCAAUAUUGUUUUUAGUCUUGGUCAAGAGAUGUGUAAGAUACUACUUUUAUAUUUGCAAAUUUUAAAACAGGGCACAGUUGCCCUGACUUUUUUUUCUCUAUAUAUAUUAUGGUACGCAAUUAGGGAUUAUAAACAGAUGUAGUGUC